AUGCUCUCCAUCUCGGAGAACAGCUACGCUGUGGCCAUCAUUCCUUGCAUCCUAUCUGGCCUCCUGAGUCCUCACCAGCCCAUUGCCAUUCAAGACGGUCAUGCCCACUCGUCUCCUGCCUCACUUGUGCGGCCCACAAUGCUUUUCCUGCUCCUGGCCACGCAGCCUGAUCACUGUGUGGCCAUCUGCAACCCCUGUGGCUUGUGCCAGUGGACGUCUGCGUCUCUAAGAAUUGGCCUGGGCAUGGUUGUCCAGGUAACAUCUGUGUUUGGCCUGCCCUUCUGUGACGCCCUUGUCAUCUUUCACUUCUUCUGUGACGUCAGGCCCCUGCUGAAGCUGGCCUGUGUGGACACCCCUGUCAGCGAGAUCAUCAACUUUGUCGUCAGCGUCUGUGUCCUGAUUCUGCCCACGGGCCCGAUCUUCUUCUCCUAUGUCCUCAUCGUCUCCACCAGCCUCAAGAUCCCCUCCUCCCGGGGCCGGAAGAAGGCCUUUGCCACCUGCACUUCCCACCUCACGGUGGUCAUCGUCCACUAUGGCUGUGCCUCCGUCAUCUACCUCAAGCCCAAGUCCCAGAGUUCCGUGGGGCAGGACAGACUCAUCUCUGUGACCUACACCGUCCUCACUCCCCUGCUGAGCCCUGUCGUGUACAGCCUGGGGAACAGGGAGGUCAAAGGUGCCGGUGCAGAGCCAUGGCAAAAACACUGCUCAACUCUCAGUGCAUCGAGACUGUGA